AUGACAGUGAGGAUCAAACAGCUCUCUACAUUCGGAUGCUCGGUACGUAUGGUAUGAUAUUCACUUGAUUUUUCUCAAUCCAUAAAUAUUGAAACAUUGUAUGACCUUUUUCACCACCCAUAUGAAUAUUGAUGAUUUAAGGAAUGGUUUGAUGCAUGUUUGUUAAUUAGUAGAUAAGCAAUAGCCCUACUGCUGCAAUAUCUUCCAUGUCUAAUCUUAUGUGUACAUCUAUGGGUACUUUUACCCAGCAAGGUGGCUGGUAUCCUAGUGGUUAGAGCGUAGGCCAGUAACUGAAAGGUUGCCGUUUAGAAUCCCUGAGGCUCCUGUAAGUCACUCUGGAUAAGAACGUCUGCUAAAUGAAUAAAAUGUCAAUGUAAGGUCUAAUAGUACUUUAGCCAUGCUGACGAAGAAAGGGAAUGUGUUUCUGUUUUACGAUCAUGUCUCUUAUGAAUACAGGAUCUUUAACACGUGCUCUUUCUUAGUCAGUAUGGCUAACAGUUCUUUUUUUUUGGGGGGGGGGGGGGGGGUAGAUCAGCUUAAUAUUGCAGAUAGAAUGUAACUUCCAUCAAUGUAAUUGUCUGCAUCACUUCCAAUCCCCCAUGUUUUAUAUAUAUAUAUAUAUAUAUAUAUAUAUAUAUAUAUAUAUAUAUACACACAUACACACCCACAUACAUACAUACAUACAUACAUACAUACAUAUCCUUUAAAAUAAUAUAUAUAUUCCCCUUUAUUACUUUCCAACCCCGCCACCCUUUCCCCACUUGGAGUAAACUAGUGAACAACAACGCCUAGGCCUCUACUUCCAGCCCAUACCCACUAUCUACAUUUUAUGGACACAGUCAAUUUUACAAUAAUUACAUUCUGUUUGUUCUUUCUCCUGAACUUCUUCUAGUCUCAACCUCUCUGAUCAUUUUCAUGAUGUCCAUCCGGUUUGCUUCUAUAUGCCAUAUCUUUCUAACUGUGCUCCUUCACAAAAGCUCCCAACCUACAACCCAUACACUUAUUAUGGACACAGCGUGCCUACAUUAUUAGUUAUCUUGUUAUUGUUUGUCAUUAGUUGUUAUUAGUCCCAUCCAUCAAUUCCAUUCAACACCUCCCAUCUAUCUUUUAACACCAUCUAUAUAGGAUUUCUAUUUGCCAUAUAUAUUUCAACUGUACUGUGAUGUCUUACAAAAGUUCUGAACCUUUCUAUUCUCAUUGUUUCUACAGAUUGUGAAUUGAAAAUAAACAUUGUUGCUAAUAGUAUUAUUAUGUUAUUGAUCGAUUGACUAUGACUUUUCAGAUCACCCAGUAGUGCUAUCUGCACAGUUCUUAAGAUAUUUUAAAUCACAGGCGAGGAAUGCAAGAUGUCUCCCAACUAGAUAACUACCUAACUCUAUCUAAUAUAACUGCAGAGUCUGUUUUGAUCUAGUCUGAAUAGAGAAGCCUGCCUCUUCUCCAGCUCACUGACACCAGUGUGAAUACUAAUUUGUCACAGCCAUGCUUCCUGUUCAGCUGUGUCUGUGUUGCCUCAGCCUUUGUCUCCCAAAUGGCACCCUAUACCCUAUGUAGUGCACUACUUUUUACCAGAGCCAUAUGGGCCCUGGUCAAAAGUAGUGCACUACAUAGGGAAUAAGGUGCCAUUUGAAACAAACACACCCUCAGUCUCUGCAGGCCCAAUGCUUUAUUAAAUGAAACCCCUCUUUAUUGCCAGUACCUUGAGGACCAUGUUUUCCCAUUCCUUCUAGGAGAUGUGAGAGUCAGAAGCAAGGUGGGGUUUGAACCGGAGCGAAGAGGGUCCCAUCCCUACUUGUAUGUUGAUUUCCGAACUUUGCACUGUAAGUAUGAACCAAAAACUCUCAUUCAAUGUGCGACCACCCUUUAAAACCUAUUUUAUCAAUAAAGAAGCUGAACCAUUUUGCAACCCAUGAUUUGUUGCUUGUUGCUCUUAUGAUUGAAGUAACCCUGUCUGAUACAUAGACUUAUGAACUAAAUGGUAGAUGUGAAGUGAACACUCAAUCCCUAAUCUAAAUGUUGGCAAGAUACACAUCCACAUACUGUAGUGGGUAUAAUGGAUAUGAGACUUAAGUGAGUUCUAUUUUUGCUACAUUUAAACUGUCAUGUGCUUGAAUUAAUUAAAUUAAAGCAUUUGAUAUUAUUCACUUGUCAAAUUAGAUUUUCUGAAAAGGUCUAUGAAAAGACCAUUGUACAAAGUCUCUCUAACAAAUUGAUAAAUGGAAGCCAUCCAGCUGGCUGUCCUAUUGACGUGAUAUGUGUUGUGUUUGCUGACUGUUCAAAACUUUCCAGCAAUCAAUAUUGCAUUUUAGAAUGUUUUGGGACCAUCACCUAUUAGACAUUAGACAUUAGACAUUAAUUUGUCCUGGCUUUGUCUGUUAAUGCCUUGAUCUUUCCAAGAGUCUUCUAGAAUGCUGGUUUGCUGCUAGAGGCCAUUUGAAGCUUGCUAGUCUGCCAUGGUUGGUGAGUGUGCGUUGACAAUGCAGGACUCAGAUUGGUGGGCUGCCAGCUGGCUGGAGAAUGGGCUGCUGUGUCAGCAGCAUGUCUGCACACUCACACCUCUUUGCACCAGUCACAGUGGUGGGGGUGGCCACGGCAUGGCGGGCUCAAAUCCUCUCUGUGUUUGUCCUCUGUCAAUGCUACUCACUGUUUGAAUUGACUUGGGAUUCUUUACACUUCCCUCGUCUUUUCAAAAGGUUUCACAGUAUACAGGUUAACUCUUUUAUGAAAUGCAUCUGUUGUAUAUUGAGGUUAGUACAGUACAGUACAGUAUCAACCCUAAUGUUAUUGACUUUUUUUUACGUGUUUUUGACUUUUUCCUGAAUGAUAUGCUGUGCUCUGCUUUUAGUACAGAGAGUGUAGAUUAGAGUUGUGUACAGAUAUGGAGAAUGAAAUUCUGUAAUAGAACUUUGUUUGAAAACCUUUCAGUGUUCUAGAGCUCCAAAAGCCAACAGACAAAUGGUGUUUGUUUUUUAAAAAUCAUAACAAUAUUGCAUGUGAAGUAGCUAGCUAGCUAACUGCAACUUGAAAUACUACUUAGCUAUGGAAAAGAAAGGUAGUAAGUGAACUUCUGGCGGUUGUGGAGAUGGACAUCUCUUGAAAGCUACUUGAAAAAUAAUGCAACAAAGCAUCAUGUUACUCUUACCUGUAAAUGAAUUAAGUUGUUAGCUAUAUAAACUUGGCUUAGCUUUAGAGCAAAGUGAGUACAUUUCAACCAUAGCUAAUCAUCCUGUGCUUUUGUUUCCACAGCCCGACCCCAGUCUGCGGGGCCUGUGUCUGCUAGGAAUGUCCGCAGGCAGCUGAGCUUUCAGAGGUACCUCCACUCGUCACAGUUCAUCCGCGGUAUCCCAGCCUCCAACUCUCUAGGCUACAUCCUUGACGAUGACUACACAGGUCAAGCCAAGGUCAGUGGCAAUCUAUCCAGCAACAGUCUUUCCUAAAUAUGUAAGUAUUAUAGUAUCACUGAGUAAUAAUUGGUCAGGUGAUAAUUGUAACCCAAUAUAUUUCUUCAUGUGUUUCAGUUAAUGCUGGAGAAGGUUGGAAACUGGAACUUUGACAUGUUCCUUUUUGACAGACUUACAAACGGUAAGGUGUUUUCCUAGGUGAUUGUUGCCCUCUGCUGUUUGAGAAUUACAAAUGCAAUGCAUGCCUGCUUUAUUUUCUGACCCUGACACAUAUUGCUCUCUAUUUUCAUUUGGAAAAUGUUCAAUCACAUAAUAGUUUUCUAUAAAUGCGGAUGGAGAAUGACGUGAUGUUUUUGUGGAUGGCGUUUUGCUAGUCAGACUAAUUAGAUGUGGUUGGAGUUCAGCUUUAGAUUAAGGAGUAGGACUAUUACAUUGUGUGUCCCUUUCCUUGUCUGUUAUUACAAACUGUAGUGUUAUUAUGCAUUUGUUGAUUCAUUGUUUCUGUUCUGCUUACUUACAGGGAACAGCCUCGUCAACCUGACUUUUCACUUAUUCAACAGUUAUGGGUUAAUUGAGCUCUUCCAGUUGGACAUGGUUAAACUUAGAAGAUUUUUAGGUAUUGAAAUACAUACAUUUGAAAUGAUUAAAUACACCAUAUUGCACUGGGACAUGGGUUUAUUUAAACCCAAUAUUGUCUACUUGAAUGAAGUGGUGAUGCAUAGUUGAAACUCUACAAAUGAAAUGAAUACCCAAUGUGUUUGUUUUUGUGGUUGUUGUUGUUGUUGUUGUUAUUAGUCAUGAUUCAAGAGGACUACCGCAGCCAGAACCCCUACCACAAUGCAGUCCAUGCUGCAGACGUGACUCAGGCCAUGUAUUGUUACCUGCAGGAGCCCAAGGUGAGAGGAAAUUACACUGUUUACCACUAACAAUUUACUCAUCUACAACUGAAAAGGUCAUUCAAAUAUAUCAAUACUCUAAGCUUUUCAAAUGUCUUUGAAAAUGUGUUUAUUUGUUUGUAAUGUUUUGUGAUUUAUUUUGUAGAAGGAUGUGUAGAUUUUUGUAAGACAUUUGAGCUUGUAUCCUUCAAAAUGUGUGGACAAAACAAAUAAAAUAAAAAAUCUACAAGUACACCUGGAGAAGUUUGUUCCAACUGUAACUAUUCAUGAGGAGUCUGAUGAGGAGGGUUCUGUGUGUUUGCAGCUUGCUGAGACGCUGACUUCCUGUGAUCUCCUGCUGGGUCUGCUGGCUGCUGCCACCCAUGAUUUGGACCAUCCAGGCGUCAACCAGCCUUUCCUCAUCAAAACAAACCAUUAUCUAGCAGCACUGUACAAGGUAAGGCCCUAUACUGGAAAUAGCCCAUGGGCUCAAUGCUGAUGAAAAAAAAAAUCCAAACUGGGAUCAACAACGUACUACUCUACUUUCUCUACUAGGGCUGUCCCCAACUAAAAACAAUCGAUUGGUCGAAAUGUUUAAACCUAUUUUUCCAUAUAUAGACAGACACACGCUGUGUUUGAAUAAAACCAACUACAUAUGCACUGAGCUUGUCUGAAGCUUUAAGCACACUGUUUGAUUAAAUAAUUAAAACAUACAAAUGACUCAAGGAAGAGCCCGAUGGUCACGCUGUGUUAAAAAACGAGUGCACGUUGUCUUGCUCUCCUCCCUACUGCAGCGAAAAGGCAGCACAGUAAGUGUUUAUUGCGCUGUCUGUGCUGAAGCUGCAAGAUCAUUUCAGCCAUUUAGUUUCUGACUGAAAAGUUCUGUUACCGAAACAUUCCCUAUUCCCUCCACCCUUGCUCUCUUUACGUGAAACAAGCAUCGCAUGCAUGUGACCAAUAGGGCCUGACCUAUAGCCUAUCCUAAUCACAUCAAUAAAUUGCUUAUAACAAACUCCGAACACAGUAAUGUCGACAGCAAAAUGGAUGCGGAGGACGUGAAAAAGAAACUCUAAAUGGGCAAAUGUUUACUGGUUGUUCAGGAGGGAAAGGGGAAGUCAGAUCUGUGGUAGACAUUUGACAUAGUUGUGGAAACUACUGGAGAUCAAGAAAAAGGAAGGUGUAGGAGCAAGCGUUGUGUGAGUGUUAUGUGUGCCAAACAGUUGCUGUUAGAUUACAAUAUUUUUUCUGACCAUUUGGAACAUUGUUAACAACACUAAAUAAAUAAGUGUACCAGAGAGUCUGUGCUAACGCAAUUUUUUUAUAUAUAUAAAGCCUUUAUUACAGCAGAGUAUGCAUUCGUGAAUUGCGGUUUAUUUAUUGUUUAGGCUAAUUAUUAAAACAAUUAAAUGAUUGAUUUGCAUUUCAAAGCAUGAAUGUCUCGUAUGCUGUGUGAUGGCAUGAACAAAUAAAUUAUUGAUUGAUUGAUACAGUAGCCUGUAUAUUGAAAGUAAGUUACGAUAUUAAGACUAAACAGGACGCGCUCUUAGGCCUACAGCUAGAUGGUGGUUAUACAAGGCUACUAUACAAAGGCUACUAAUGAUAACGACAUUACUUAUUAUUAUAAUGUCAUAAUAAUAAUUGUAAUAAUAACAAUAAGAAGGAGAUCAAGAAAAAGGAGGGUAUAGGAGCGAGAGCUGCGUGCAUAUUAUGUGUGACAAACAGGUGCUGUUAGAUUACAAUAUUAUUUUUCUGCCUGUUUGGAACAGUAAUACCAAUAAGUAAUACCGGUCUGUUCUAACCAAAAAAAAUUGUAAAGCUUUUAUUACAGCAUAGCAAAGAUAAAAAAACAGCCAAAUCUGUGAAAUUGCUUUAUCCGACAUUUUGCCAUUGCAUGAGGCUUGGUGUUCAUGGAAUCAGUAUGCUAUUAAACAAACACUCAAACAGGCAACAGAAGCAAGAUCUGUCUUAUUUCUGUAGAUAUACAUUACCAGUCAAAGGUUUGGACACACCUACUCAUUCCAGGGUUUUUCUUUAUUUUUACUAUUUUCUACAUUGUAGAAUAAUAGUGAAGACAUCAAAACUAUGAAAUAACACAUAUGGAAUCAUGUAGUAAUCAAAAAAGUGUUAAACAAAUCAAAAUAUAUUUUAUAUUUGAGAUUCUUCAAAGUAGCCACCCUUUGCCUUGAUAAAUAUGACAGCUUUGCACACUCUUGGUAUUCUUUCAACCAGGUAGUCACCUGGAAUGCAUUUCCAACAGUCUUGAAGGUGUUCCCACAUAUGCUGAGCACUUGUUGGCUGCUUUUGUGUUUUGUGCUUGUGCACAUAAUUACAUUACCCGACCACCCCCAGUAAAACUAAUCCCGUUCGAAUAGGGCUUAAGACAAGGGCUGUUUCCUCGUCUCUGCUGCUGGAGCCCCUGCUGCAUUGUUCUCAAUCCCAAUAUGCUAGUUAAUUUUGCUAUUAUGCACAUAUCAACAUAGGGAAAGGCGCCAAUUCUACGGCGCACUGAAGAUUAUGUUUCAGAACUGUGGACAGCGACCAUAUCCAACGCGGGAGAAAGUGCAUUUGUUAUAAAAUAUGAGAUUUAGAUUGCACCAUUAUUUUUACAUAAUAUAACGAUAUAUAAUUUCAGUAUCACGUCUGAGACAGAUGUGAAUCAGACAGGUGUCUUGUGCACCAGGAAAAAAUGCAUUAAUUGCGACUGCUCGACUAAAGAAAUCUCGGUCGAACAUCAGCCUAUCGACCAAACAAUCGACCAGGGGGUCAGCCCUAUUCUCUACUCAUUAUUUGAGUCUCUUUGAUGGAUAAAAUGCUGAUAUAGUUGUCCAUAAAAUGUUGAAUGACUUUAAAAUUCAUGUUAAUGGCUGGCAUCAGACAUCAACUAGCCCAUGUACAAUAUAAUGAUCUCUUUAAUACUCUAAGUAUUUUUUGGUUGUGUUUGCCAUUGUAGAAUAUCUCUGUUUUGGAGAAUCACCACUGGAAGUCUGCUGUGGGCCUGCUCCGAGAGUCAGCACUCUUGUCCCACCUUCCCACUGAGGACAGGUCAGUUCACAGACAGAGCACCUACUAUAACAACUUUAUUUGUCCCUUUAGGGCAAUUCUAACAGGACAAUAUGGAAAAAGUCAAGGGGUCUGAAUACUUUCCGAAGGCACUGUAUAUAGCGCCUGUAGGAGAGACCUGUAGGAGAGACGUUUUUGUUUUGUUACUGGAGACAGAGAAUGACAGGACAUCCUCUGUGCCUCUGAAUUGUGUUUCCUCUAAUCUGGUGUUUUAUUGCAUGCCAUGAACCAUUUUUGAUUGGAUUAGGAUCGUUAUGUAAUGUGUUUGAUUUGGUUUUAACAGAUGUAUGCGAUUACUGCUUGCAUAGACUUAGUGUUGUGUUCGGAACUUCUUGCAGCAGUUAAUUUGCCACAACUUUGUAGAAAAAUAUGAAUUGGUUAAAGCCCUUGGAGUUUUUCAUCUUGUUUUCUUUAACUUUAUUACAUUUAUUUUAUCUAGGGAGCUACAGUAUAUUAGUGAAGAGCUAGGGUUCUUUCCAAAGUAUAAUUUCAUCCAUUCAUUAGGCAUAACCCAUGUUACAGUGGGGAGAACAAGUAUUUGAUACACUGCCGAUUUUGCAGGUUUUCCUACUGGCAAAGCAUGUAGAGGUCUGUAAUUUUUAUCAUAGGUACACUUCAACUGUGAGAGACGGAAUCUAAAACAAAAAUCCAGAAAAUCACAUUGUAUGAUUUUUAAGUAAUUAAUUUGCAUUUUAUUGCAUGACAUAAGUAUUUGAUACAUCAGAAAAGCAGAACUUAAUAUUUGGUACAGAAACCUUUGUUUGCAAUUACAGAGAUCAUACGUUUCCUGUAGGUCUUGACCAGGUUUGCACACACUGCAGCAGGGAUUUUGGCCCACUCCUCCAUACAGACCUUCUCCAGAUCCUUCAGGUUUCGGGGCUGUCGCUGGGCAAUAUCGACUUUCAGCUCCCUCCAAAGAUUUUCUAUUGGGUUCAGGUCUGGAGACUGGCUAGGCCACUCCAGGACCUUGAGAUGCUUCUUACGGAGCCACUCCUUAGUUGCCCUGGCUGUGUGUUUCGGGUCGUUGUCAUGCUGGAAGACCCAGCCACGACCCAUCUUCAAUGCUCUUACUGAGGGAAGGAGGUUGUUGGCCAAGAUCUCGCGAUACAUGGCCCCAUCCAUCCUCCCCUCAAUACGGUGCAGUCGUCCUGUCCCCUUUGCAGAAAAGCAUCCCCAAAGAAUGAUGUUUCCACCUCCAUGCUUCACGGUUGGGAUGGUGUUCUUGGGGUUGUACUCAUCCUUCUUCUUCCUCCAAACACGGCGAGUGGAGUUUAGACCAAAAAGCUCUAUUUUUGUCUCAUCAGACCACAUGACCUUCUCCCAUUCCUCCUCUGGAUCAUCCAGAUGGUCAUUGGCAAACUUCAGACGGGCCUGGACAUGUGCUGGCUUGAGCAUGGGGACCUUGCGUGCGCUGCAGGAUUUUAAUCCAUGACGGCGUAGUGUGUUACUAAUGGUUUUCUUUGAGACUGUGGUCCCAGGUCUCUUCAGGUCAUUGACCAGGUCCCGCCGUGUAGUUCUGGGCUGAUCCCUCACCUUCCUCAUGAUCAUUGAUGCCCCGCGAGGUGAGAUCUUGCAUGGAGCCCCAGACCGAGGGUGAUUGACCGUCAUCUUGAACUUCUUCCAUUUUCUAAUAAUUGCGCCAACAGUUGUUGCCUUCUCACCAAGCUGCUUGCCUAUUGUCCUGUAGCCCAUCCCAGCCUUGUGCAGGUCUACAAUUUUAUCCCUGAUGUCCUUACACAGCUCUCUGGUCUUGGCCAUUGUGGAGAGGUUGGAGUCUGUUUGAUUGAGUGUGUGGACAGGUGUCUUUUAUACAGGUAACGAGUUCAAACAGGUGCAGUUAAUACAGGUAAUGAGUGGAGAACAGGAGGGCUUCUUAAAGAAAAACUAACAGGUCUGUGAGAGACGGAAUUCUUACUGGUUGGUAGGUGAUCAAAUACUUAUGUCGUGCAAUAAAAUGCAAAUGAAUUACUUAAAAAUCAUACAAUGUGAUUUUCUGGUAAGAGCAUUGAAGAUGGGUCGUGGCUGGGUCUUACAGCAUGACAACGACCCGAAACACACAGCCAGGGCAACUAAGGAGUGGCUCCGUAAGAAGCAUCUCAAGGUCCUGGAGUGGCCUAGCCAGUCUCCAGACCUGAACCCAAUAGAAAAUCUUUGGACGGAGCUGAAUGUCCGUAUUGCCCAGCGACAGCCCCGAAACCUGAAGGAUCUGGAGAAGGUCUGUAUGAAGGAGUGGGCCAAAAUCCCUGCUGCAGUGUGUGCAAACCUGGUCAAGACCUACAGGAAACGUAUGAUCUCUGUAAUUGCAAACAAAGGUUUCUGUAUCAAAUAUUAAGUUCUGCUUUUCUGAUGGAUCAAAUACUUAUGUCAUGCAAUAAAAUGCAAAUUAAUUACUUAAAAAUCAUACAAUGUGAUUUUCUGGAAUACAUUUUUAGAUUCCGUCUCUCACAGUUGAAGUGUACCUAUGAUAAAAAUUACAGACCUCUACAUGCUUUGUAAGUAGGAAAACCUGCAAAAUCGGCAGUGUAUCAAAUACUUGUUCUCCCCACUGUAGCUGUCAGAUCUAGUCUAUAUUUAACUACAUUUACAUCCACUAAGACAUUUAGUUGAUGAAAUACUAACUAUGGAGUCCCCAGAUUUAGCUAAUUUAAAUGUAUCUUCAGACUUAAGUGUAAUCACCCAUUGCCAUUGGAACAUUGCAGUAAAAAAGGGCUUUAUGUUUAUGAAAAUGACUCUACUUCAUUAGUAUGUACUAAUGAAUAUUGAUUGGAUGCUGUUGUCUUUUAGAUUGAACAUGGAGGAGCGGCUUGGAUCCCUGAUUCUGGCCACGGACAUCAGCAGGCAGAAUAACUAUCUGUCAGAGUUCAGGACGCACUUGGACAAGAGAGACCUCUGCCUCACUAGUGGAGGACAUCGACACUUUAUCCUUCAGGUGAGCAAUGGGUACCACCUAACAAAAAUAGCAUUAAUGACUGUAUUAUCCAUCGCCCUUUUCCACUUUUGUGGCAUUAAGAGAUCAUCAUCUCAGAGGCAAUGAAGUGUUGCAAAAUGUGCUGCUUGAAACAGUAAAAGUGAAUCAUCCGUGCGGUUGAGGCUGAUGGAGGAAAGAGAGCGAGCGAGACAUACUGAGCGAUAUGUUGUCCUUUUCCUGAGUCUCCGCUCUGUUUUCCCCAUUGACCCUGUAAAGAUAGCUCUGAAGUGUGCGGACAUCUGCAACCCCUGCCGACCGUGGAAACUCAGCAAACAGUGGAGCGAGAAAGUGACAGAGGAGUUCUUCCACCAAGGUACUAUAUCAUGAAACCCUGUACUGGGCUAAUCCCUUUUAAUCUUAGUCCAGGUGUUUAUUAAGAGUGCACACAAGCGUGACAGUAUGGUUUAUAUAAUGAGUAUUAACCAAUCCUUCUUUUCAUCAGGUGACAUUGAGAGGAAACAUAGUCUUGAUGUAACCCCACUCUGUGACAGGCAAUCCAACUCGGUUGCCAAUAUACAGAUUGGUAAGGUUACCCCUCUUAAUCUAAGUCCGCUAUAAGCAUAUGAUUAAUUGAUAUUUUAUUAUGAUUUGGUGUCCUGUCCAGGGGAUGUACAUCAAGCUGCCUCACGCUACAGAAACAAUAGAUACUCCUGCCCUCUGGGUCAUUCUGGUUCAGACAAGGCUACUUACUGUACUUGUAAUGAUUUAAAAUGUGCUCCUACUUAAUAUUUGUACAUUUGCUUGUGGUUGUGUUUUUCUCCUCCUGACCUUAGCAGCAUUGUGUGAUUUAUUAGUCAGAACUUGCUCUGAAUGAGAGAUGUCUUCGUCUCCUGCAGGCUUCAUGACGUACGUGGUGGAGCCUCUGUUUGUGGAAUGGUCACGCUUCUCUGACACACGGCUGUCCCAGACCAUGAUGGGCCACCUGAGCCUGAACAAGCAAGGCUGGAAGGAGGGUAGGGACAAGCAGGAGGCUAGUGCUAGUAGGGCCUCAGAGGAACAGAGGUCUUCUGCUGCCAAGGACUCAAACUCCAAAGAAUUACCUCAGGGAAGCAAACGGUCAUGA